AUGUCCUCCCGAUUUCCCCCAUCGUCCGGGUUCAAUCCCCGUGACCGUUCUCCGCAGCGAUUUGGAGACCGUCGCCCGCCGGCUGGUCCUCGUGGUCCUGACGACGGGCCUGCACCAUUUGGUAGAGAUCCACCCCGUGGUCCUCGGGCUCUUGUUGAUUCCCCUCGUGGUGGCCAUUUUGGUGGUCGUGGUAGGGGUUAUGGCCGUGGUGACUUUCGUGACCGUGACCGUGACCCACGAGACCGCGACCGAGAUCGCGACUUUCGAGAUAACCGCGAUGGCCCGCCGUUUCGCCGAGAUAUGGACCGGGACUGGGUUCGCCGUGACCGCGAUUUCGAUCCCCGGGACAAUCGGAUUGGCUUUGGCCGAGGCCGCUCAAGAUCACCGACGCGCGACUUUCGAGACAUAAGGGAACCCCCGGGCCGCGAUUUUGAUCUGGUUCGGAUACGACGCAACUCCAGGGACAGUAUCAUAUCUGCAUCUUCGGGGGGCCCAGAAGGUCCCCCUCCUAAUAUUGGCCAUAUGCACCGGGGAGGCAUGCGAGGGCGUGGUCGCGGCGAUUGGGAAGGAGGCCGAGGUCGUGGUCGUCCACCCUUCCUUGAUGAUCGUGAUCUUUUCCGUCGCCGUAGUCGAUCCCGUGAACCAUGGCGUGGACGUGAUCGGAUGGUGGAUCGCGAUAGAGAUCGAGACAUGGAACGGGAUCGUGCAUUAGACCGCGAUCGGGUAAUGGACCGAGAUCGGGACCGAGACCUUCCACGUCCGAGAGAGCGAGAUCGAGAAUUAGAUCGCGAUUUGGACCGUCGAGAUCGCUUUGACCGUCGCGAAGAUUGGGACAACCGACGACCUGAUCGCGAGGACCGUGAUCGCCCAGUGGACUUUUGGAAACGGGACCGUCCCCCAAGUCGUGCAGAUAGUCGCGCAGCCAGCGGCUCAACUACAUCCUCACAUCCUCCUACAGCACCCGGCCCUGGACCUGGACCAGCCCUAGCAGAUCGUCUGCCCGAGCAUCCACAAGUGGAUCAUAGCCGGAAACCUUCGACCAUUCUCAGCACUACGGCUCUGGAACCUACGCGAGAUUCUGAGGGAAAUGACCCUAUCGCUGUUCGCACUAGUGGUACUCGACUAGAUGCUGUUCGCCCUGAUGUUAUUCGCCCUGAUGUUGUUCGACCUGAUGCUGUUCGCCCUCAUCCUCGGCCGGAUGCUCCUCGAUCGGAUGCUGUUCGCUCUGACGGUAUGAAAAACCCUGGACCAAUCAUUCGGAACUCACCACCCCCAGCCGCCCCCCAGGUGCCGGCCUUUGGCUCGGUGACUUCCCCAAUCACGAAUGCUUCCUCAAAUAAAGUUUUUUCAGACCAACGCACGGCACCCAAUUCUACUUUGCCCACAGAGAGAGACCGCUAUGAAGUACCGCAAAGACAACCGGCCCAACCCCCUACAGGGCCCAAGGCAGAAAGGAUCGAGAGCAUACAGCCUCUUGAACCUCGCAGCCGCCCUGAAGGACCCCGUGAGACUGGCAAGCACCAAGUUGUGCCCCCUCGCCUCUCUAAACCGUCUAUCAAUUUCCCUGAUGUAUCACCACCCACCGCUCCAGCUGCCAUGACUCGGCCAGAUCCGGGGGUAGGGCCUAACGAAGGAUUUGGGGCCGGAAGGUCGAACUCACUUACCUCUUCCCCCACUUUUGCACGAAUUCCACCGCCUGCCCCACGCGCAUUAUCCCGUGAACCCUCUAUGUCCCCUCGAAUGCAAUCGUCUGGCAUUCCAACCGGCCCUCGAGCAUUUCAAUGGAAGGCUCCCUCCCCGCGUGGCCGUAAAGGCAGCAAACAGUGGGUGCGACCGGGCUACGGCCGAAUACCCUCUAUUCCUAAUGCACUGCCGAAGCAAGAGCCUGUUGAAGAGAGCGAAGGUGUUUCCCCUGCCAGUGAAGCCACACGGCCUCUAUUAGCACCUGAGAUAGACGACCCCGAGAGUGGCGAGAUUCUUCCCCAUGAACCUGCGAGAGAACCCUCGCCUGUUUCCCCGUCAUUGAACCUCCCACCCCGGCGUAGUUUAUCGGCUGUUGACAUUCAAACAAGUGAUGCAAAUGAACCUUCUGAGAAGAGCGGCACUGAUAAACCCGCCUUGAUCCCAGACUUUGAAGGUUCAAGUGAUGAGGAAGAUGGGGAGAACAUUGUUUUCACCCAGGAAUAUCUUGAUGACAGGAAGCGGAUAUUUGAAAAGGAUAUGGAGUCACUGCGAGCAGAAUUGCCUCCAUCACCUUUGGAAGAUUCGGCCAUUGUGGCUCUUUUGUUAAAAAUCCAGCUACUUGGCAUGGUAGCCAACGAAAAGACAGUUGAAAAUCCCCCCGAACCACUCGCCGAACCACCCACCGAACGAGUAUUAGAACAACCAGUGGAUCCUGUGCCUUCAGUAGAGGAUGAAGAGCCAGCCGACCAUUCAACCACUGAGCGAGUGGUCUCUUUUCCCUCCACACUACCCGAGCGCGAACCAGAGCCAAUUACUGAAACUAUCAUCCCCCCCAUGGUGCCACCUGAUGAGGUUACUAUCGAGAGUCUUCCAUUCUUGCACUCAGGCCCUCCAAUACCUAUUUCAGAUAUGGAUGUAUACCAUGAGAACAUUGCGAUCCAAAAUCGUCUCAGAGACACGUUCAGCACAGAACUUUCGAAGGUGCAAGCGAGAACUUUCAGAAAAAAUGCACUCCUCAGGGACGAGUAUGUGUCUCACUACAAGCUCUGGCGAAUGGCUAUUUGGGAGCUCGAUCGUAUGAAGGAGAAGAAGUCCGUGACUCCUGGUCCAGCCUUCUCCCCAAUAUCCACGGUUCCAACUACCCCGGCGCCCAUGCCGGAAGGCCGUGAAGGCCGUCGUUACAAAGGAAAUAGCGAGCUUGAUUUUCUCAAUGCUUUGAAGGCCUCCGAAAUCUCCGCCCAAGAAGAGCUUGAACGUCGACGAAUCAAGAUGGCCACUGCUCGGCCCGAUCUGGGCCGUGAAGCGAUCAUUCCGAAUAUGCUCGAACCGCGGGAGGUAAAGGCCCGCAUCUACAAAGAUGUGAACAACAACAUUGAGUGUAAUAUGGCUCUGGAUGUUUUCGGUUUCGUGCCGCCUCCUAAUGAUUUCACCCCGGAGGAGCAUAUAAUCUUUACGGACGCCUUCAUGGCUCAUCCAAAACAGUGGGGCAAGAUUGCCGAAUCUUUGCCCGGUCGAAAUUUCCAGCAGUGUAUUGUACACUAUUAUCUCACCAAGGAAGAGAUUAAGUACAAGGCCAAGCUCAGCAAACGCUGGAAUAAGCGGAGCAAGGGGACUCGAAAGGGUCCACGACCGAAGUCAAAUGCCCUCACCGCAGACAUGGGGGUGGUGAAACCUGAUCAUGUUGGUGAGGAGGAGCCACCCGCUGUCACAGACACCGGUCGUCCACGACGUGCGGCCGCGCCCACCUUUGGCGAUUCCACCGAGGUAGAGAGCACGCCGAUUGGCCGUCGGGGCCAGCUUGGCAAGGACGGCGAACCAGUGGAUAGACCUUCGACUCGGCGUGGCGGACGGGGCGGAGGUACUCGCGGUGCACGGCGCGUGAAGACCACUACUCAACCAGAUCCGAAGGCCCAUGUGGUAAUGCCACAGGGCAAUCUGCCCCCGAUUGUACCGCCAGCACCACUUCAUCCUGGAAGCGAAAUGGAUUUGGCCUCGGAUCACAUAUUGGAAGGAUAUGAAGCCCGCGAACGAGAGCGUUCCGAAAAAGAAUCCAUACCGCCAAUUCCUCGAGGCAGGGUGGGACGCGGGCGAGCGAAGGAAGGAGUUUAUGUCUUCGAGUCUACUGAAGUUGAACCGUUUCUGGGAACUAAACAGCUUGAGACGGGAUAUGGAUCCUUGCAACCAACGAGUUACUGGUCUGUACCGGAGCAGCGCGAUUUCCCAGCGUUGCUGGGACAUUUUGGUCGUGAUUUCGAGGGUAUUUCGGGUUGGAUGAAGACCAAGACAACGGUGAUGGUAUGUAUUGGGUACCGAGUCCCAAUUUUUGUUUUUCUUCUUUCCCCUAAUGUCUUAUGUUUGUGUUUGUCGACUAGCCGGCUAAUGUGCAUGACGCAGGUGAAAAAUUUCUAUCAACGCCGCCUGGACUCGGGCCAGAAAGACUUUGAGUUGAUUCUAACGGACGCCGAGGAGAAGAAGGCUCGCGGUGAGGCCACAGGGCCGCUUCCUGUCCCAAGUGUUGCGCCAAAGCGACGAUACGAGGCAACUCCGUCUUCUAUUAUCCCUCGUCCACUUGCCCCUCAUGGGGAUCCUAUGGCCGAGGUCGAUGAAAUACGAUUCCCUAAAGGCAAGCCUGUUGGCCUCUCACCGCAACCCAUGUCGCUGCAUGGACGACCUCUGUCCGACAAGGACCGGAAUGUCGGUCGCUACCAGCCACUGGCACAAGCUUCCGCUGCUUCACCUGUGCCGUCUACCGCAACUCUAAUUGAAGAGUCGACUCGGGCAAUUCGCGCGCAAGGAGGUCCAUCUCACCGCGUUCAGGGCCCACGCCUUGGAUAUUUCACAGAGGAUAGACGAGACUCUUCGGGAUUGCCCCAUGGCGCGUCUCGUGCGCAAGAACUAGCGAUUUCCUCGCGCCAUCCUGACUCCAUGCCGACGGAUAUGGCAAGAAUGGAACCCUUGUCCACACAGGGCUAUAUGCCCGCGCAGCAGCCAACUUCUCACCUUUCAUCAACCCACUCACGUCACGCCAGCUUAACACAAACCCCCGGCUCGCCAUCCCUGCAGCUUAGACCCGAACUCGAUAUCUCGUCUGUUCACCGCGAUCCUUUUGCCCAAAGACCUUACUACUCGCUUGCAGGUCAGCCCAUGGGUCUACCACAGUCGCCUCGUCCUGGGUUGUCGCCAGUGAAGGAUGUCCCUCGCCCGAGUGCGACUCCCGCUCCCGACGCAACUCGUCAGGUGCCUGCAAAGCGGUCUAACAUCAUGAGCAUUCUCAACGAUGAGCCCGAAGAGCCCCAGCCGCGCAAACGAUUUGCCAGUGAGCAGGCUCCAUCUGUCCCUGGCGCAACCUCAGGCAUAAACCCAAGGCCCAUAUACCAGGCUAGCGGACCCCCUCGCCAUGAAGACACUAUUAUGUCAGGCAUGUCGCAAAAGCCUUCUGGUUACGCCCAGCAAAGCCAAUAUCAGCCGUCAUCUCGCGGCUACUCAGAGUACUCUGGCUAUGGUCCCCCUCAUGGUGGCUCGGGCACAUCAAAUAAUGACUGGAUGGCACGGUUUGAUCCACGGGCGCAACAGACUCCGCCACAGCCUCAAGCUCCAUCACUGCCACCACAGCAGCAGCAAAGCGGCCGUCAGGGUUCGUAUUCAUCUUACGCGGCAAAUCCAGGCCAAUCCUCCUUGACGAAUCUUUCCGCGCCAUCCCCAGCGCCGACUCCGCCGCCAAUAAAUGCCUCUCAACGAUCGGCUUAUCCCAACGUUUUCUCCCAAGGCUCCUCUGCUCAACCACCCAUGGCCUCUGGCCCCCGAGAUAUGGCCUCGCAACCGGGUUCCUAUCGACAAGGGUCACCUGGCCCGCGUUCCGGUAUGGUGUAUGGCUCGCGACAAGAUCCACCAACGCCAGCGCAGUCUUCGGCUAGCCUGUAUGGUAUGCAUCCGCGGCAGUCAGCAACGCCAAAUCCAGUACAGCCACACAGUUAUCAACAACAUGUGCAAACAAUGGUCAGUGGAUCGCAUCAGCCGCAAUCCCACCGCUCAACACCUGUCAACUUACCAGGUGCUUCUUCGCAGUACGGGCACAACACCCCUCCUCCCCAGUCCCAGGCUGGCCGGUCAAUGGCAUCGCUGGCGAGCCUCGGUCGCUCAUACACCCCUCCAUCGGCUCUACAUUCCUCGAUGAGCGGGGGCACUAUGGGCAGCUAUGCCCCCCCCUCAGUCAUCUGCGCCUGGAUCGAUACCGCCACUCCACCAACGACCUCCAGGAUCGCUUGGUGA